AUGUCCCGUCCGGACGACAUCUUUGCGCUUACAGGGCUGCAGGCACCGCCCCUGAGCGGAGCGAAAGUGCGGCUGAACAGCACGUACGGCUCGCCUGCGGACUAUGCGCAGGCCAUCGACGAGCUGCGGGCAGUGUUUCCGCCAGAAGACGUGUCGACCGACCCUGCGGUCCUGGAUGCGCACGGUCGGCUCGCUGGAUACAAUGAAAGCUUUCCGCACAGUGUCGUCGUUGUGCCGAGGUCGACAGAAGACGUCGUACGAAUCGUGAACAUCUCGCGCAAGUACCGCGUGCCUGUUGUCGCGUACGGUGGCGGCACGAGUCUCGAGGGCCAUUUUUAUGGCACGGAUGCUAAGGGCAUAUGCGUGGACAUGUCCGCGAUGAGCAAGGUCCUCGAGCUACACGAGGCGGACGCGGACUUAGUCUGUCAAGCAGGUGCAAAGUGGACAGAUAUCAAUGCAGUGCUGAAAGAGAAAGGCAUACCGCUGUUCUUCCCCCUGGACCCCGCCAUAGGUGCAAGUAUUGGGGGGAUGAUUUCCACCGGGUGCUCGGGCACUAAUGCUGUAAGAUAUGGCACAGCAAAGGGGGAGUGGUUCCUCAAUGCGACUGUUGUCCUGCCUUCUGGUGAGGUGAUCAAGACCCGCCGCCGUUCGAGAAAGUGUUCCGCCGGCUUCGACACCCUACGGUUGUUCCUCGGCGCAGAGGGCACGCUCGGUAUUAUGACAGAGGUUACAAUUCGUCUUGCACCACUCCUCCCGACUCGCGUCGCCGUCGUGCAGUUCCCUAGCGUCGAGCACGCGACGCGCGCGUCGAUUGAGGCGCUGAAUUACGGGGUUAACCUCCAAUGUAUCGAGCUCCUCGACGCGCUAACCAUGAAGACAUUGAACGCGUACGAGGCGCGGACGUGGCCCGAGAAGGACAGCCUCUUCAUCAAGAUCCAGGGUGCGACGCCAGCAUUCAUCGAGGAAAGCGCGCGAAUCCUACGUGCUGUCGCUGAGAAGCACGGCGGGACUGAUUUCGAGUUCGCUGCGACCGAGGCGCAGGCCGAGGAGCUCUGGCUCGCGCGCAAGAACUCGUUCUACGCCGGCUAUGCCAUGUUCCCUGGAGCAAAGGCGGUCGAAACGGACGUCUGGUCAGCUUCUCUCUCAGCUUGA